AAAGAAUCUACAACUUUGAUAAGGCAGCAGCCUGUAUAUAAAUUUACUUACUAAGUCUAGUUUACCGUAGCGUAUAUUGGUACGUACUAUCAACAGCGCUUGUCAGUGCGGUGCCGCCGCUCCUGCGCGAAAUACGUUGACAGAUAAAAAGGCGCGAAUUUGAAAUAGUAUUUUCUACGUUCACAAUUAUUGAAAAUUGUGGUGUUCUCUUUUUAAAUACAUACGUUUUUUUACUUAUACGAGUAUAUGUAUGGGUAAAAUUUUAUAGUGAAUGUUCGUUUAGAAUAUUACUAAACUAAUUUUUUAUCGAACUCGAUCAUACAGAGAAGUGCUGUCUAAAGUGCAUCAGUGUUUCACAAAUAAUAAUAUAUAUAACUCCUGGUUUAACGACGGCCGUAACCACUUUGAACCUUCAAUGAAAUUUUUUUCACAAUAACUUCGACGAAAAAAGUUAAACAAUGGAAUCCAAAGUAGUAUUAACGGAGAAGAAUCCUCAUGAAAAAGCUAACGUGAUCUCCAAACUAUUUUUAACAUGGAGUUUUAGCCUAUUUCGAAAAGGCUACAAGCAAGGUCUGUCGAUCAGCGAUCUGUGGCAAGCGCGCAGUGGAGAUGCGUCGGGACGCCUCGGUGACCGUCUCGAAGAGGCGUGGAAGACAGAACAAGAGGAGGCUAGGAAAAAUGAUGCAAAGCCUUCUUUCUCCAAAGCCAUUAUUAGGACUUUCUGGUUCGAGUACAUGCUUUGUGGGCUUUGCGUUGGUGUCCUUUUUAUGGUAGUCUGGCCCUUAAUUCCUUUUACCCUAGCCUUAUUCAUAGAAUACUUUUCAAAAGAAAAAACGCCAGAAUCCUACCGUGAAGCUCAUAUAUACAAUUUCUUGAUGAACUUAUUCAGUACGUUGUCAGCUCUGAUGCUGAAUCAUACACAAUUGGCUCAGGGUCGAAUCGGGAUGAGGAUCCGGAUAGCUUGCUGUUCCUUGAUGUACAGAAAGAUUUUGAGACUCAACCGCGCUGGAUUGAACAAUACUGAAGCUGGGCAAGUCAUCAACUUGAUGUCGAAUGACGUGAAUCGGUUCGAUUUGGUGACGUUAUUCUUAAACUAUAUCUGGAUCACUCCUAUUGUGGUGCCAGUAGUCUGUUACCUGGUGUGGCAGCAUGUGGGUAUUGCAACCCUCGCUGCUCUGGCGGUGGUUGGAGUUCAAACUAUUCUUGUACAAGUAUAUUUGAGCCAUCUCCAAGGAAAACUUCGCGGUAAAAUAGCAAAACGUACAGACCAGAGAGUAAAGGUGAUGAGUGAGCUGGUCGAUGGAGUACAGGUCAUCAAAAUGUAUGCUUGGGAGAAGCCUUUCGAGAAACUUGUCCACCAACUGCGAAAAAUGGAAGUCGGCUACAUUUUGAGGACAUCUUUCGUCAAAGGUUUCACGACUGCCCUAGCCGUGUUUACCGAGCGGUUCAUUCUCUUCUCUGCUAUCGCUACAUUCGUCCUGAUCGGUGGUGAAAUCCGAGCUCAAACCACCUUCUCCUUGGUCCAGUACUUCAACCUUAUGCAGCUGGUCUGCAACAUCUUCUUGCCAAUGGGACUUGCGUACUUGGCUGAGACCAGAGUAUCCAUCAAACGUUUGGAGGAAUUCUUGCUGCUCGAAGAAAAUGAACCAGAAAAGGUGACAGCAAACAUGGUUCUCGAUUCCAAAUCCAUAUUGGCUGAUGGAACCGAAAAGGAGAAGAAGGUUCAGGAGAAACAAAGAGUGACUGGUAUGACCAUUUCUAACGUUACCGCGAGCUGGACCAAGGACUCUGUAGUGGAUACUCUAAGGAAUGUUACAAUAAAUGCUGCCCCUGGAGAGUUUGUUGGUAUCGCAGGAGGAGUUGGCUCUGGAAAGUCUUCGCUUUUGCAACUGAUCCUUGGGGAGCUGGUGCCUAAAAGUGGAACUGUCAAUUUGGGUGGAGCUAAAGUUUCGUACGCCAGUCAAGAGCCUUGGCUAUUCGUGGCUACUGUCAGGGAGAACAUCUUGUUUGGCCUGCCUUACGACCGCAUUCGUUACAAGAAGGUGGUUCGAGCUUGUGCUCUUUUGAGGGACUUUGAAUUGCUGCCUCAUGGAGACUCUACGCUGGUUGGAGAGAGGGGUAUCAGUCUUAGUGGUGGGCAAAGAGCGAGAAUUGGAUUGGCCAGGGCUUGUUAUAGAAAAGCUGACAUUUACCUCCUUGACGAUCCUUUGUCGGCCGUGGACACCCAUGUUGGCAAGCACAUGGUUUCUGAAUGUGUUAUGGGACUCCUCGAAAAGUCUACUCGAAUCUUGGUGACGCAUCAGCUUCAUCACCUCAAGGGCGCAGACAAAGUUGUCAUCCUGAAUCAUGGUGAAGUAGAAAUUCAAGGUUCCUUCGAUGAAGUAUCACGUACGCCACUAUUUGCUGAACUCUUACAAGACGAGGAAGAAGAGGCGACUACUGGAGGCGAACAUAUCAAGAUGCAGAGAAGCAUUUCUGUCAGGUCCCAAGCAAGCAGUAUCUCGCCAGCGGAAGGUAUCGGUGGUGAAGAUUUGAUUGAGCAACAAGUGGAAAUAGAAGAGAUCACAGGCACAGGUCGUGUCCCAGGGAAAGUGUAUUCCAAAUACUUCGGUAUUGGAGCUGGUUGCUGUUUACUCUCUUCUACAGUGCUCGCCAUUCUAUUCGCACAAUUUAUCACGUCCGUCAGCGAUUUGUGGCUCACACACUGGAUGAACGACGUUGAAUCUCAAUACAUAUCAAAUAUGCCUCUUUUCCGAGUUGAAAACAAUACCAUAAUUCCAUCAAACGAUACCCUUGUGAACGCGACUGAGUCUGCAGUAACUGAAGGAGCUAUAACUACUACUCUCGGUGCUAUCACUACAGCCUUCCUUUCUAAUGAUACAAUGGAAACAAGUGAAGCAAUACUAAACGCCACUGGAUUUGAUACUACAAUUGUGGCUCCUGCUAAAAUCAAUGACCGCUUUUACAUCUACAUUUGGGCCGCUACCAUCGUCGGAUGCAUCAUUGCUACUUCUGUGAGAGCUAUAAUGUUCCUGUGGGUGUGCAUGCGCAGUUCGAUCAAGCUCCACAACGAGAUGUUCAAAAAUAUUCUGAGUGCAACAAUGCGAUUCUUUGACACCAACCCCUCUGGUCGUAUUCUUAACAGAUUCUCUAAAGACAUGGGAGUCGUUGAUGAAAUUCUACCCAGAAUGUACUUGGACACUAUUCAGGUAUUCAUGGUGAUGAUGGGUAUUCUAGUGAUGGUGGCUAUCGUGAACCCCUACAUGUUGCUGACGACUGGAGUCUGCGCUAUCUUCAUGUAUGGCUUGACCGUCGUUUACCUCAGCACUGCACAGGCUAUUAAGCGAGUUGAAGGUGUAUCCCGUAGUCCAGUGUUCUCUCACGUCACUGCUACUAUGUCUGGUCUUGGCACAGUGCGAGCCUGUGAAGCAGAAGAAAUGCUGAAGACACAAUUUGAUGACAAACAGGACGUGCACACAGCUGCAUGGUACUUAACUCUGGUCACCAACACUGCCUUCUCCAUCUGGUUGAGUCUUUGCUGCAGCGCUUAUGUUGUUGUGGUUGCUUACACCUUCCUGUUCUUGGACGACGGUAACACCAAGUCCGGUAACGUAGGCCUAGCCAUCAGUCAGGGUCUGAUUUUGGUGAACAUGGUCCAGUAUGGAGUCAAGCAAGCGACAGAAGUGAUCUCACAGAUGACAUCGGUGGAAAGAGUGAUGCAGUUCACAUCGCUGCCCCAAGAGGAGACCGAAGGACCUAAUCCACCAGCCAACUGGCCGCAGAAAGCUCGCGUUGUCUUCAAAGACCUCACUCUUCGAUACGACAAGGACGCUGAUCCCGUACUGAAGAAACUUAACGUUAUCAUUGAAAGUGGAUGGAAGGUUGGAGUCGUUGGUCGUACCGGAGCUGGUAAAUCUUCAUUAAUCUCUGCUCUCUUCCGACUGGCGCCAAUUGAAGGCAACGUCUACAUUGACGACGUUGAAACUGGCAAAAUUGCUCUUAAAGAACUGCGUUCGAAAAUUGCCAUCAUUCCCCAAGAACCAGUGCUAUUCUCAGCAAGUCUUCGAUACAACAUGGAUCCCUUCGACAAAUACUCUGAUAUUCAGAUUUGGGAAGCUUUGGAGCAGGUGGAAUUAAAGAGCAGCAUUUCAUCACUGUCGUCUCCAGUAGCAUCAGGAGGUUCUAACUUCAGCGCAGGACAGAGGCAAUUAUUGUGUUUGGCUCGAGCUGCACUCGCACGCAACAAGCUCUUAGUUCUAGACGAGGCUACUGCUAACGUUGACCCUACAACUGACGCAAUGAUCCAGAAGUCUAUUCGCAGACACUUUGCUGAUUGCACUGUGAUAACUGUCGCUCAUAGAUUGCACACUGUUGCUGACUCCGACCGCGUGGUGGUAAUGGAAGCAGGCCAAAUCAUAGAGUGCGGUCAUCCACACGAAUUACUCCAAGACGACGAAGGUCCCUUCACGAAGAUGGUGAAACAACUUGGCCCUGCUUCCGAACAGAGUCUUCGAGAUUUAGCAAGCAAAGCGUACUCAGAACACAACAUCAAAAACGCUAUGAAACCUUAAAUAGUUUAGCAACCUUUGAAAGAGUUUAAGUUUUUAGCUAUUGCAAAGUUUGCAGCUUCGUCCAAAGUGUUUUGUAAAGGGUACACCGUCUGCAGUGAAAAUACGAGUCGACAUACGAUCAGCGACUUUCUAGGACUGACUUCAAAACAUAACCGACCUUUUUGCAGAGUUUCGCUCGUUAGACGGCGAUGGUGUGAUCUAAGCUUUAUAGAGUUGUACCAAAGAUUCAUUUUAGCAACAAAUUCGCGCCAUUUUACUAUUCUAAAUUCAAACGAAGUUCCACAACUUUUUUUAAGUUAUGAUUUGUGAUUUUUUAUUCUUUUUGUAGGUACAUAUGUAUAUUUAUACCUACGUUUAUUUCCGAAUUGUUAUUUUUAUAAUUUUUUAGAUAGAUAAUUUAUGAAUGCUUAGGUAAUGAAGUGUGCUAAUAUUAUUGAAUAUUUAAUAAUUAUUUAAGAUUAUGUGUGUUUAUAAGAGUAUUAUCUUUAAAUUUACGUUAAGUAGUAAAGUAAGUAGUGCCAUGAAUCUGUAGAUAUUUUUAUAAUAACUUUAAGUAUAUUUAUACUUUACGCUUCGGAAUGCAUAGUUUUAAAAUGUAAAUAGUAGAUAAAGUUAGUAAAUUAUUUAAAUUUAUAAUUUAUAAUAAUAAGUAUAAAUAUCAGUACUAAUUACUAAGGUAAUAUUUUUAAUAAAUUAUGUAAAUCAACUGAUAUUUUUGCUAGUAUUUUACACGAUUGUAAACUAGAAUCUGUACCUACAGACACAAUUAAGUACCUAGGUGCUAAUUGCUGUAUCCUCAAAACUCCAGAAUUUAUUAAAUAAAUUGUCCUUAUGUAAACCAUAAAUAUGUUUUUAUUUUACUAGUUACAUUCGCCCGGUUUCACCCGCAACUAGCGUGCUUCGAUA